UAGGCGCACACGUGCACUCCCAGCGAGUGACCCAUAGCGAGUGACGUAGGACGUAAAGUCCCGCCCAGGUCGAAGUGGCGUCGAUUUAGAGAGUCCUCUAUGUUUACUGCCGAAAUGCUACUAGCUAAUUUGCAUAGAAGUGAGCCGUUUUCAACUCUCAUUUACAGCUUUACAGCCUAAGCUCAAGCGAUGUAUCGCUCCUAUCGCUUUAUCGCUCAUGUCUUAUAGAAAGUGAAUGGGCGUUUAUCGCUCAAAACGCUUUACAGCAUUUGGUUUGAACGCAGUCAGAGAAAAAUGCUGCUAUCCAUUUGGAUGUACGAAGUGGUAAGUCGCCAAUCUCCCAGCUUUCUUGCGGCAUUUCACUGAGGCACGCCCCCUUUCGGUCGUAGUAUCUCGUCGCUUUCAAAGUAGAGCGAGCAGAUCUGUACAACUACCAAACAAGAUGGCUGCGCCCAUAGUCAAUGGGGAUUGAGCUGUAUUUUCUUUGUAUUUGUACCACGUUGGGGGUUGUAAUGUCAAUUUUAAAUCCUCUUACACACUUGAUUUCAUUGCUGCUUUAAUCCGGUCACCAAUUUAUGGUCUUGCUUUGCGUGAAAUUCAAUGUAAAGUUGUGUUUUCAAGCUGGUUUGCCAAAGAGGCUAUGUUGCUAAUGAUGACUAGCCCGCUACUACCCCUCGUGGCUCGACAGAAACACGACAGCACUUGUUGAAAUAAAAAUUGGCGAAAAUGGCAAAAUAUUAUUGCAAUGUAAAAGGCUUGCAAUGUUAAUGUUUCUGUAAAGGCUGGCAACCAUUAUACACUGGAUUAUUUAUUUUUUCCAAAAUAGUUUUCUUCUUAAACUCGUCGGACACAAAUAGCAAACUGGAAGGCUGGAGCAAGGGAAAUACGUCACGUUCUCGCUGAAGCUGGUCGGUUCGUACCAGCCUACCAUCAAAAUGGAUAGCAGCAUCUUCUUCAGUAUCGGACAUAGUUACAUUUAGAUCACGUGACGUAAAAGAGUGGUCACCUGACAGGAAACGUGAAACGAACCGAGUAGUUUGAAAACAAACCAUCGCUGUGCAUUGUCUGACAUUGAAUGCGUUUCUAUUAAUCAGCGUUAUCAGACGCCGCUUCGUUUAGUCGACCUCCCUACGAGGGCCCAUACUAAAUCAUGAAAUCAUGUUCAAGUAAGAUCUCCCCGUCUCCUGUAGUGUGUUAGCAUGAGCAGAUAGCAGCUACAACUCAAACGUAAAGUCUCAUGGAUGACUCGGAUCAGGAUUUCGCAGACAUCUGUUCUAAAUUUGUAAAACGAGUUCGUAAGAAAGCAGUUGAGCCGGUGUUGUGCCGGAAAGCAGAGCCCCAGUCUUUCAGCCAGAACAGGAACGUCACUGCUGAUCCGAGUAAGAAGACGCGAAAGAAGAAGGUCGUUGUUCCGGAAUACAAGCCCAUCCAAGCCAAGCCCGGACCUGGAGGCGAUUGGGCUCCAACACGUCGACCUGAGCAAAGUCUGGACAAUGGAUAUGCCCUGUGUGAUGCCGGAGAUGGUGGGCCACCUGGGCUCACGGAUUCGGGUGAAGCACUGCACGUCGUUGAGGGAGGCCAACGUGCCAGAGACAAAGUACUGUUGCGAAUGCAGCAGUUUAAGAGAGCCAGCCCACACAUGCUGGUACACGAUGACAGGAGCGACGCGGUCCCCAAGCAACCAAAAGACAAAGACGAGCCGCCGCAGGAGACUGGGUCCAGCGAUGCCGCUCUGGCCCUCCGUCUACAGCAGAGCCAGGACCCCCAGGCAGCCCAGGACCCUGAGCGGCAGGCCUCCCUUGAACUCUGUCUCCAUCAGGACCCGGACCAGCAGCGCGUUGACUCCCUGGAGGACCAAGGCCUGUUCUUCUGUCAGCUCUGCCAGCGGAACCUGUCCCACAUGACCCCCGAGGGACGCACGCAGCACCUCAACAGGUGUUUGGACGAGACGGAGCGCGGGCCCGCCGCUCUCGGCGUGCCCCCUCCCCCCCCCCGCGUGGCCGACUGCCCCAUCUGCGGGAAGAGGUUCAAGGCCCCGAAGAGCCGCGCGGCCCACCUGAAGCGCUGCUCCGCAGACAUGGGUGUGGCCCCGGCCGUGCUGCUGCAGUGCCUCCAGAGGCAGGCGGCGGCGGUGCAGAGCAGCGGCGGCAGCGGCGGCAGCGGCGGCGGCGGCGGCGGCUCCAAAAGGAAAGAGCCAGCGGACCCCAGCCUGCCCACCACGAAGAGGCCCAGGAAGAAGGCCCAGCCGCCGCUGGACGAGGAGACCCAGGUGGCCCUGGCUCUGUGCUCCUCGCUGCUGGAGCGAGAGAAGGAGCUGGAGAGGGAGGCCGCCGCCGCGUUGGCCGCCGUGGCGCCUCGGCUCCAGUGGAGAGCAGAAGCAGGUCAGGGCCGGAGGAAGGGAGGCAAGAGGAGGAAGGGCGGGCCCCCCCGGCCGCCGCCGCUCCUGCUCGUCCAGGAUGCCCUGGCCGCUCAGACCAGGGUGCAGCAGCGGGUCGCCGCGCUCCUGCUGCGGCAGCGCCCCCCCUCCCCGCCCACGCCCCCCCGCUGCCCCAGCAGACUGCCUUCUGCUCCCGCUCGCCCCCUGUGGAGUGCGAGCGCACUGCGGGACGACGCGGACCCCCGCGGCCCCGCCCAGUUCUACACCCCGGAGCUCCGGGACCUCCUGCUGACCAGGGACCCCCCCGGGACGACCGUGGCCUCCAUCGCCAAGGUACCUCCGGAACCUUCCAUCCAGUCCCCCGUCAAAGCGGACCCCCAGAUGACGCCUCUUCCUCCUCUCCCCUCCCCGACACCCCCGUGUCCGUCCCCAUCGUGGGCUGGCACCAGCCGGCUGUCUGUGGGCAGCCAGGCCCUGAGAGACGUGAUGGAACUGGCUGACGAGGGCCGGUCCCUGUCCCAGUGGCUCAGAGACGAGGCGUGUGGCACCGCCGUCGUCUCUGACUUCCCGCUCAGCGGAUUCAUCCCAGAUAAGAGCGAGGCGCACGCCAAGAUGGGCCUCAGCGGCUUUCUCCCCAGGGACGACGACGCCGCCGCCUCCAGCCAGCCAAUCAGGGACUCCGGAAGGCCGGGCGGCCAACCAGAGAGCAGCGGGCGAGAGUCGGUGGCGCUGUCCAGGCUGUCAUGUGACCUGAGCAGCAUGGUGAACAACCCUCAGCUCAGCGACGUGCAGGUCCAGGUGGACAGCGGAGAGGUCUUCUCCGUCCACUCGUUCAUGCUGUACGCCCGCUGCCCCCUGCUGGCCCAAAUGGUGCAUGACGCCGGCUUCGGGGUGCAGGAGGAGGGCCUGCCCAGCACCCAGCGGGUGCUGCUGGGGGACUGUCCCGGGGAGGCCGUGCUGGCUCUGCUGCAGUACCUCUACACGGGCCAGUGUCCCGCGCCCGCCGGCCCCCUGCUGCCCGCCCUCCUGGGGCUGGCCACCAGAUUUGACCUGGAGGAGCUCCAGAGUCUGGCCCAGCUCUACCUGGAGGAGGCGGACUCGGCGCCCCAGGAAGACCCAGUCGAGGCUGGGCAGCCCUGGGACAACCACCACCCCAGCCCCGGCGUGGAGCCAGCGCGCGGGGACCAGGACUUCACCAAGCUGCUGCGCUCCAUGUGGAGCGAGGAGGAGGGGGAGGAGGAGGAGGAGGAGGAGGGUGGGGGAGAAGCCACAGCCGGCACAUCGGUGGAUCGGCGAGACGACGACGACGACGACCACGUCAACGGCGGUGGCCAGCGAGACGGACGGCUGGCGUCCGGAGACGGGGACGGGCACGAGGAGCGCGUGAACGACGAGGAGAUGGAGGAGAUCUACGAGUUCGCUGCCACGCAGAGGAAGCUGGCGGAGGAACGGGAGAGCACGGGGUCGGCAGGCGGUCCAGAACAUGACGAGACCCCGGUGUGUGUCGAAGCAGACGACCGCGAGCGGAGCCCCGGUUGCCAGGUUCCAAGCAGCCUCAGCUACAGCCGCCUCUUCUCUGGCUCCUGGGACGUCUGCGAGGAGGAGUUCCCCGCCUCCCCCCCGCUCCCUAGCCCCCGGCCCUCUACCUCUACCUCUACCCUUGGCCCCCCUCAAGCGACUCCUACUCCGCCCCGACGACGGUCCCCCGACGGAGCCUUCCCCCGAGGGGACGGGGCGGCCACGGCGCGCUCGGACGCCACCUGCCUCCAGUCUUCGCCCAGCGAGAUCAUCGACCUCUCCGACAGCCCCGGCCCCCCCAGCACGCCCGGCCUGCCCCUCCCGGGUCUGUCCCCGGGCAGGCACCGCCGGGGAGCGCCGGAUGCGGACGCGCCUGGGGCCGGUCGCCCCGGCAACCCCGAUCCCGCCGCCGACCCGGGGACGUCGCCGAAGAGAGAGGGUCCCGCUCCUCGGGGCGCAGGUCAGCCCGCGUCGCCGGACCCCCCGCCCCCGCGGAGACGCGCGGAGCCGGAGCUGAUCGUUCUGUCGGACUCCUCCUCCGGCGAGGACGAGGGCGAAGGCCCGGCCCCCGCCGCCUCCCCCGGACCCACCCCCCCUCACUCCCCGGUCUGGUCGCAGCGCCACCGGCGGUACACGAAGAUCAAAGCGCCAUCGCUCCACCCAGGACCCUGCACAUCUCCCCCUUCGGGUGGAGAUGUGCAGGGUCCUGGGUGGAGCGACGGCGCCGAGGAGGGAGGGGGCGACGGCGGGCAGGGCUCCGCCCGUGGCGUCGGUGUGGCCGCCCAGAGUCCGGACCAGCUGGGCUUCUCCCCGGAGGUGUCCUGGCUGAUCCCGGCCACGCCGCCGCCGCCGGCCGGCCACCCCAGCAGCAGCAUCUGCACCCAGACCCGUAGCAGCAUGUUCCGGACGCGGCUCUUCCCCACAGCCAGCGCCAGCGCCAGCACGUCCCCGCCCCCCUCUUCCCCCCGGUCCAAAGGCAGAGCGCAUUCGGGGAGCUCAGCCUCAGACGGCCCUCCGGCAAAGGGCAAGGGACCAGAGUCCAGCCUCGACGCUCAGCCCCUGCCCGGGACGUUUACCCCGCCGGCCCCCGGCGCGAGACCUCCUGGUUUCCCCCACCCGCCUCUCUCCUCCUCUUCAACGAAGAGCACCCCCGGCCACGGCCAUCCGGGGCCGUACAGCAGCACUCCCCUGCACGCGCGGCCCCCCAAGCCCCCCCCCGUCCCCCUGGGGACCUCCGUGGUGCGCGGCGACCCCGCGAGGGAGGCGCUGGGGCGCGGGCACCUCUCCCGGUCGGACCCGUCGCGCUCGGCCUCCCCCUCGUCGCUUUGCCGAGACCCCUCGGGUCCAGACGGAGACGCGGACGCCGGUCGCUCCGGACGCACGCUGGGAUCGGAUCAUCGCCACGGCAACACCGUGGACUCCGAGAAGAUCGGAGACGCAGACGGGAGCGGGCGGGGCGAGCAAAGAGGGAGUGGAGUGGAAGCAGGGGUGGAAAGGGGGGCGGAGUCGGAGGCGGGGCACGAACGGGGGUCCGAACUCGGUUUCUGCCAGAGCUUCAUGGACGAGCCCCCCAUGGCCUUCAACGACUCGUGGGGUCUGGACGGGGGCGGCGGCGGCGGCGGCGGCGGCGGCGGCGGCGAGGGACACGGCGGCCAGGCGGUGUGCUUCAGCCUGAGGCUGGAGGACAGCGAGGGGGUCAGCUCGCACCAGCACAGCCCCGUCUCCCCUCACUCCCUGCAACAACACCCCCCCCUCACGCCACGCCGUUACCCGGACAGAGGGCAGAACCCCUCCGCCAGCAGAAGCCCGGGCACGCCCCCCUCCACCACCACCGCCGCCACCGCCCGCCCGUCAGUGGACCCCGACACCCCUCACAGAGUCCCGGAGGUCAACGGAAGCUUCCUGGACCCCCAGCUGUGGGACAGCUGGCAGGAGGAGCCGGAGGAACAGGAUGAGGCGCUCCCUGUCUCGCAGAAGGGGAACGCUGCGGCGCGAUUCCAGACCCCAGUGUCCGCUGGGAGCAGGAAGCGGAUCGCCCUGGUGCCCAUCACCCCCAUGCCCAGCUACUCCGACAUGGACACCCCCGACCUCAAGAACAAGCUCGACCGGUUCGGCGUGCGUCCGUUACCCAAGCGGCAGAUGAUCCUGAAGCUGAGGCAGAUCCACCAGUACACCCACCAGCUGGUCCACUCCGACGACGACGAGGAGGAUGGGGCGGCCCUCCUGGGCGGCCCCGGACCCACCAAGCCUCGGCCCACCGCCUCCAGCGCCCGGCCCCCCUCCAGUUCCCAGGGGCCUCAGUUCAAACGGCCGGGCGUGCCCACAGGCGCCUCCCCGGUGAAGCGGGGCCACGAGGACCCGGAGCCCCUGUCCUCGUCCCAGGGCUCCAGCUCCUCCUCCACGGUGGCCAGUGAGGAGUCAGAGAGGUCAAACCCGGAGCAGCUGCACUCCUCCGACAGCGAGUCGGACGGCGACGGCGCCGUCACCGCCUCGCAGGCGGCCGGACGCCAGCGGGACCGCGUGCAGGCGGUGCGGGCCUUCAUCCUGUCCAACGCCGACCUGCACCUCCAGGUGCUGCGCUACCAGCCCCUGGUGCUCGCCCAGCUCCAGGCCCGCCUCAAGGCCGCCGGCAUCCGCCUGGGCGCCGCCAAGCUCAUGGACUACCUGGACUCCCAGUGCAUCACCGUGACGACGGCCAAGCCGGGGGGGCGCCCGCGGCGGAAGCAGAGGGCCAAGGGGGAGAGGGGAGCGAGGGGGAGGAAGAGGAAGACGGCUCCGGCCACGGAGGGAAGGUAGAGAACGUGUAUUUAUGGGGAUGAGCACAACUGACGCAACCCGGCUGACGUGGUUUUACACAGUCAGCCGCUGAGACAUGAGGCACCUCGGUUGAUUUCAUGGUCGAUAUAUAAGCUGACCACAAGGGAAGGUUUUAGAUCAUUUCUGCCGCACUGUCCAUGUUCCCUGUUAUUUUAGUAUGAGAUGUUUUGGUCGUUUUGUAAUAUUUGUGUAAUUUUAGAUAUUUUGUUGUAUGAUUAAUGAAGGCCCAUUGUGGAAAAUAAACAAAGAGGCAAAUGUACAAGUCUAAUGUAGUGUGAGUCGUUCAGGGCCCGGUAGCUUCACAGUCCUCUCCCCUAAGUAAAGCCGGUCAUUUCGGUGCAAAAAAAGGGAAAUAAAUUGAAGACACAAAUUCUUGCAAAAGGAUGUUUUUACUGGUUUUCUCCGAUUUAGAUUUUGAAUAUCUAAAGAUCAGCCAACAAACAGCUACAGCAAACGCCAGCAGAGCCCCGGGGAGGUUCUCAUCCAGAGACGCAGAAGAAGGGACCCGUCAGAAUCAUCUGACGGGUUAUUCCAAGUACGCAGAGAGGCACAGGUCCCCCUCGGGCAGUUUGCCGUGGGUCAGAACCUUAUUUAUCCUUCGUGUUGCCACCUAGACGAGAAUAUCACGAUUCACAGUUUUACGCAAAUCCAGAAUCCGCCAGAGCAGCAAAAAAAUAAUAAUAAGGGUGUCAAUUCUGAUGUCCUGAGCUUUCCUCACACUCGGGGGGCCCCCCCGCGUGACUCCUCAUCGAAGCCCGGCCCUUCUCCUCCGGGACUCGUGCGUACUGAGUCUCAUCUGGAACAGAGUGGCGGCGAUCGGGGGAACGGGGGUCGCUUGAUCGCCGGCGCCGGUCCGAUCCCUCCGCUCCCCGAGCCCUGCCCCCUGGCGCUCCCGAGGUCCUCAGCCAGCCGCCGGCGGUCAUGACAGGUUGUUUAUGUUGGCUAGAAAGCGCUGCGCCCACCACUCCUCCAGGUCGAUGGGCACAAAGUCUGCAAGAGGGAACAAGACGGCUUAGAAGAAGAAGACUGCGGGGGCUAGCAAAGCACGCCAACGCUACACGGCUAAGGACGAGCAUGCCGACACACGAAACCCCGCGAUGACGAAUGAAUGGUAAGUCGAACAAGACGAGGUAAACAUCAGUAAACCGGGGCAGGUAGGGUUGAGCGAGUCGAGGAGGGAAGCCUUUAAUCAGCCACCACCUGCUUUGUCUGGACAGGCUGGUCGAGAGCAAGUCCAACAUCGAGCUGAACAAAUAUGCAGUGCACAAUUCAAUGAGGCGAACGACUAUGUUCAGAUAAGAAAUAUAUGCCUGUAUAUAUUAACAAAUACUCUCCCAUACAUGUCGAGGUAACAGAGUUCAGCUGUUUUAUGAAAGGCAUCCAUGGCUUAGUCAACCCAGGUAUAUUUUCUCUCAAACAAAUGCUUCAUUGUUUGUGUUAUUGCUCAAUCUUUAAAUAAAUGGAUCGUCAACCCUGGAAAACUGCAUGUAAUUCAGUUCUAGUAAAAGCAAGUUGUCACAAUAAAGAUGGAGACUGUGACCCCAGCGUCAUCACAAGACUAAUGAAAUGGAUGUGAUGGAUCUGUAGAGCUGGAGACUCAUAAAAAUGACUUCUUACUCUUCAUCACAGGAGCAGUGGUCUUCUCAGAAUACUGGACAGGCGCACUGACUGGUUUGCGGCCUUCCUGCUCCCCGUCUCCCAUCUUCUGCUCCACCUCCUGCCAUGCUAUAAAACAAAAAUAGACCGCUGAAUUCACACAUCUUCACGACAAAAAAAUCGGCUCCACGGUUGAAGGUGCAACUUAACGUAGCAUGAAGCAAAUGCAUCUUACCUUCGAGGACAAACUUAACAUUUUCUUCGUGUGCAGGUGUGAAGAGGCCCUCAGUCGGACUGUCUGUCUUCGGUGGGGCUGCAGUGUGGUACCGCUUCCCAUUCGGUCUGUUGAAUACUAUCUUAGGGGGCGGAGAGCUGGAGGAGACGAGAUCAGUGAUGAGUAUUGAUUGGCGAGCUAUAGAUGACAUCUACAGGGAUCGAGUGAGGAUGAUAUCCCAAUAUACAUUUUGUUCAGCCAGUAUCCCAUAAAGAAUAGUUACAACGACAUGCACUUCUGUACUAAACUGGCAUAGGGUAUGAUACACCAUUAAAUGAAUUAAUUCCUUUCCCAAUUAAGAGGCAUGCUCAACAAAAACCGAAUAUCAGCCUGACCGUCAAUUCAGUUAACAUCCGUGCGUUUAUAGGAGAAAAAAGUAGAAUCGGAGCCAGUUUUAAUGUUUAACUUUGGUGCGUACUCUUUAGAUACAGGCUCAGUGUUGACAGAUUGGGCUACCACUCAGCAGCCUACUACACACUCCGGCUCUAGAUGUUGAGCUAGAUGUUGAGCCCGCCCCCAGAGCCUAUGACACAGUUCCGCCCGGCGACCACAUGGACUGUAAACAAACCCUGGCAAGGUCACAGUUAUGGCCGGGGUACGGGAUAGCGAUAUUUUCCCGGCGCUUUUGCGUUUAUCGUUUGAAUAAAAUUAUGCGUUUUCCCCUGUGCCCACCACUAAGGCAACGACGCUGGUGUCUGGUGACAGCGUGGCCGAGGUGUUAUGUGACCACGUGAUAGCAGGGUUAUGUGACCACACAUCGGACGCGCUGGAGACGCGCACAUACAAAUGGCAGCUGUUCGAUCAAACUAUCGGGUCCAGAUCCCCAUCAGCUCUCAGAUCAUGGGUUCUUUACUUACUUUGAAUCGAACCAAGACGUCGAUUUGAUCUUCAAGUCUUUGUUUUUACUCUCAAUUUGUUGUGUGGGGCCUAUAAGAGAAACAAAUGACUCACAAUAAAAUUUCACAACAAAUUUUCUUCACAUACACAUUUCUUCCCAUGCAAAUGUUUAGUCCCGUCCCAUAGCGACAAACUAAGUAAAACAGAUAAUUACUGGGACUGUUCCUCACCUGUCCUCCGUUGUGUAACAAGUUUACUGGGACCUCUGGUAAUAGUGUACAUCAUGAGGCGCCCCCCAAGGAUAGUCCGAACGGUGUUGAAUUUUGUUAGAUUUCACUGCAGCGUCUGCAAAUUCCAAGUCAGGCCGUUCACGUCGUGAACUCGUCGUCAAACUCUUAUCUCGCACUAAUGGUGCCAAUUGGUUUGCGGAGUGUUCCGUCAAAUCAACUCUGCGUUUGCAUGAAGCCUAACACACACGCAGCUUGCCCUGUGACUGACAGUGUGCCUUGCCGUCGUUCCUCCGCAGAUGUUGGCUCAAACUGCCGUGUGCUCCUGCAAGGACUGCCUAUAGGUCAUCCAAGGAGAAACAGGCGACACCAGCUCAUCGCUCUUCGAAACGAAACACUGUAGUUUGCUCUUGUAAUCCCCAACGUGUGUCAGCGAGGUAUUGUUGGUCUGUGUUGCCAGUUGCCGAUCUUUGUGCGUAAAAAAAGGGAGCCGUAGGGUUUGAAUUUAAUCAAAACGGAGACAGAUUUUUAAUACUGGGCACCUCCACGUGACGUCACGACACGCCCCCGAGCGAGAAUCCGAGGGGGCGGGGCGCCCUUCAGAGGUGCGCACCAUACU